UUCAUAUUUCUUUUAAAACAAUUUUAUAAGAACAGUGGCAAGGCUAAAAUAUAAAUAAUUUUUCCUAUUUUUCUGUCAAAAGGGAACAUGGAGAACCAUCUUUCAAAGUAGAAAUUUUAGUAGUAUCUUUUGUGGAAAUUUAGAAAAUUUGUAUAUAUGCGUAGAUUUUUGGUUACUUCCUUGGGGAAAUUUCCUGGUUAAUAUAUAAAGAAGGGUAUGAAGACAAGAAAACUCACUCAAUCAAAAUAUUAUUUUAUCUCUCUUUUCUGUUGCUGUCAUGUAAAAUAUAUUAAACUUUUUUUCUGCAAUCAGCACAAUUAUCACAAAGCUUAGAAACAGGUGAUUUUACGCUUCAUUUAGCCUCAACAUUUUUUUGACUUCCAUUCAGCAUGAUAGAAAAGCUUGCCGGUUGAGGCAAAAGCAUAUGAAAAAGACAGCUAGAUCAUACAUUGUUUGAACGCCAGAAAAAGUGCAAAAUAAAUCAAAGAAUUAUGUGUUAUUGGGCUUGUCUAAAUUACAGUAGAUUAUACAGAAUGUGGUAAAAUUACUGAAAAUGAAUAUUCCAUUAACUUUUGCUCUGCUUGCUUCACUCACGUUAACAAUAGAAACAAGACAUCAAUAUGCAGGAAGACACAAAGAGAUAAGUCAGGUACCACGAUUUGUUAUUCCCUCAAAAUCUGAAGAAACAGUGCAGAAACCUAGUGGACUUCCUGCUCCUGAAGUAAUAAACAUUGUCAAAAAGUCUGGAAGCAUUAAGGGGUCUGCUUUACCGGGAGCUUUUGGAGAAGACGAUGGGUUAGGAGACAUUUUUGAAGAAAGCGGUAGUGGCAGUGGAAGCGGUAGUGGUGAUGUUAAACCACUGCAUCAAGUUAAACAUGACAUUCAUCACGACAAGACAGCUGAGAAUGCUGCAAAUUUCGGAAACAACGUAGCACCAAAAGUUGGGAUCAACCCAUCAAGUGCGUUUAUUACUAUUGAACCUAAUCAUAAAGGAUUUAAAGGAGGCGACGCCACCAUAGAACACAAACAAAAACAGGGAAUAAAGAAACAUAAAAAGCCUAAAGUUGUUAAGAAGAAGAAAAAGAAAGCACAUAAAAAAACAAAAGCUUUUAAAAAAGAGAAGUUGAUUAUUAAGAAAGAAAAAUCUGAUACAAAGAAAAUAAAUAAACCCGAUAUAAAAGUUAAAAUCGCGGCUAAAAAUUCUGAGAAAACAGAGUCAGAAAUAAAAAAAUAUAAAAAAAAGAAUAAUGAUGAUGACGACGAUGAUGAUGGUGAUGAUGAUUCGGGGCAUCAAAAAGACAAAUAUAUUAUGUCGCAAAUUCAAAAUAUUGCAAAACAGAUUGAUGCUGUGGAAAGGAAAAGAGCUCAGGAAGGAAAAACUAAAAAAGAGAAAAAUAGCAAAGUUAAAACGAAGAUGUCAACUGCCAUAGACAAACUUGAAAAAGACAUUUCGAAGUUUCGAUUGAGUAAAGAGACCGUCUCAACAAAAAACACGGUUGACAAUAAACACAAAUUAAAUGGUAAUAGUUCCCAAACAAUGGGUAAUGCAACUGAAAAGUAUGGAGCUGAUGAAACGGCACAGACUUCUGGUUACGAGGAAGUACCAGAAGAUCUAAGUCUACAGAAACAUGUUGUAAAUCAUGGUGAAGCUGGGGGUCCUGAAGGCUUUCAAUGUCCGUGGGUGUGCUACUGGACCUGUCACUCUUACUGCCCAAAAGAUUGCUGUAACAACCCGUUUAAAUGCCACCCUCAGUGCAAAGAAUUCUGCACACCAUAUUGUAAAGAUAAAUGCUGCGCUCCAGGAGCAAGACGUCUGCCAAAACUAGCACUGACAUUUCGGACGAAAGCUGAAACGGGGCAAAAACCGGAACAGCAUCUUAAUCAAACAAUGGCAACGGAGAAGAAUAAACAACAGGCUCGCACCGAAUCUUCAGAGAUUGCAAGUGAAAUCGAAGCCUUAAAACAAGCCAGUACAUUUGCAGCUCAAGCUCUUGGCUUACCGAACAGCUGUCCUAUAUUUUGUCCACGUAUUUGCACCCCAGGCCUGUGUAAAGCUGAGUGUUGUAAUAGAAAUAAAUUACCAGCAACUGCAGAAACAAAACAAGCGCCAUAUAUUAGUCCAGCAAGACCGAUUCCACCACAUAUUGAACCUGUAGUAAAUUCAGCAGCUCUGAAAGUUCAAACGUUUUCUUCAACGCAAGGAAGACAAGCACCUUUACCUCAAAUGCCUGCUCAGCCAGCACAGACAACCAAAAUAUAUCCUGCAGCUCCCGCCGCACCAGUGCAAAGUGCUAAGACGAACCAAGCACUUUCAACACCCGCAUCUGCACCGGUUCAAACUGCUAAGGCUCCUCCGCCAUCGGCUCAAGCAUUACCUGCACCAUCUACUGCUGCUGCGCAACAGUCUGUACCACAAGCGUCUGUAGUACCACAAAAUCCUUCAAUUUUAACACUUCCUUCAGUACUGUUGCCCUCAGAACCCGCUGUAGCAGUUCCUGCGGCUCCCGGUGCUCCAAUUGCGACAGCAGUAAACAAUGAACCAGUCGGAUCCGUUGAACCAAGCCAACAAACUGAAUCAUUUUUGCCAGAAUCAGCUACAAAUCAAGCCCUGCCUGCCCAAACAUUUAGUGAAAGUCAAGAAGUGCCUAUAAAGCAAACUGAAGUGGGCAAACAAGAAGCACAAAUUGUACCAUCUGUUGAAUCAAAUGAAUUAGCACCCGCCGAAGCUACAAGUCAAACAACAGAACCUGAGUCUGCCACUCAUAUACAGGUGCCUACAACAAAUAUCCAAUUACCACCAUCCUCAAAUACUGCAGAGCACAGUGCGAUAGAACAAGCAGCAGGGAUUUUGCCCGCUGCGCCAUCUACACAAACAUUUUAUUGUCCAACACCAAUCAAUUGUCCUGAGGGUGCAGUGGUUGAUCCAGAUUAUUGUCCACCAAUUUGUCGAACGGCUUGCAUUGAACAAUGUCCAAAUGAAUGUUGUCCAAACAAUGGACGUCCAGUUGUACAGCCCAAACAUUAGUACUCGUAGUUCAUAUUUUCUCUUUGUAAAUUCGUAUAUUUUUGAUAUUGUGUAUGCAUUACACCACUUUA